AUGUAUUGGCAGCUGAUAAGCUGUCUGAUACUGUCCAUCGUGUUCAGCACGGUGGCUGAAACGCUAGGGCCUAAUCGAUUAACUUGCGGCAAGCGUAAAGUGAAGACGAUUCAUCUGAUUCACAAUGGCAUCGAUGCAAAGCCAGGUCACUGGCCUUGGCAUGCGGCCAUCUUUCAUCGUGUGCGCGGUAAACUGGAAUACGCUUGCGGUGGAUCAAUCAUCGACGAGGAAACCAUACUUACUGCGGCUCACUGCGUCUUCCUGGACAGUGGCUUAAUCGCGGAAGGCCGAAUUGUGGUGCAUGUCGGCGCUAUUCAUCUGACCGAAGAGAGUGAAUUCGUGCAGCAGCAUACAGUGGAUGAAGUGAUCGCCCAUCCUGGGUACAACUCGAGUAGAUUCAUGAACGAUAUCGCACUGUUAAAGCUGACGAACAAUAUUACGAUGACGGAAUUCGUGCAGCCCGUCUGUCUGUGGACGAUGGACAGCAAUCAGGAGCUGAUUGUCGGCAAGAAUGGCACACUGGUCGGGUUUGGACUGAACGAGAAAGAUGUUGUAUCGGAAGAGUUGAAACAGGCUCCGAUAGGGGUGGUGGAUGCACUGACAUGCAUCAAAAGUGAUCGUGUAUCGUACGCCAAUCAACUGACGUCGGAGAUGUUUUGCGGCGGUGGACUGGAAGGCGUCAGCGCUUGCAAUGGUGACAGUGGUGGAGGCUUAUUCUUUAACGUUGAUGGGAAAUGGUUCGUGCGGGGGAUUGUAUCGUUUAUUCCUUUUCGAAAAAGAACUAAACUUUGCGACGCUUCAAAGUACACUGCCUUUACCGAUGUGGCCAAGUAUAUGGGAUGGAUCGAGCUGUACGUUAAUGCGCGUGUGCUACUGAUCGACACCAACGAGUUGGAGGUGGAUUACGAGGAAAAGCUUCCCUUGUUUAACCUGAACACGUGUGGCACAAAGAUGGAAACGUUUGACGCUAAUGGUGAAGCGACGCCGUUACCUUGGCUUGGAAUGGUCUUGAACAGUGCUCGCCAGUUUAUGUGUGUCGUCACGCUCGUAAGUGACUGGUAUGCCGUAGGUCCGGCAAGCUGUUUUGAAGAUGGUGGCAAGGAGUUAAUUAUUCAGUUUGGAGGAUACGAAGAGCUACAAGAGCAGAAGUGUUUCGAGAAGGCUGGAACGACAGUCUGCACUUAUCGGACACAAAUGAUGAACAUUCAACAAGUGAUAGUGCAUCCCAGAUUUACCAAAAACGCUAUUUACAACGAUAUUGCACUGGUAGAGUUUCAAACCCCAGCAGACAUCACGCAGCCGAACGUGAAACCCAUCUGUCUUCCGGUAACGCCUGCACUGUACACCAACCUCACGACCAACCUGUCAGUGCUGACUGCAUCUUCGCAAGAGCACACUUACCGAGACCAGAUUGUGAAGGAUGUGAAUGUGAGUGUAUGUGCCAGAGUAUACAAACGUGCUGGACUGCCGGUGGAAGAGAGGAGCCUGUGUGUGACGGUUCCAGAGGAAGAUUUAUCAAAAUGUUACACCAUAGGUAAAGGCGCACCUCUUUACGAGCGUGCAACGGUCGAUGGUGCCGAGCGGUUUAUAUUGCGUGGAUUAGAUAUACUUGGCUUAACGUGCGCAAGUUCGAUUAGUAUUGUGAAUGCUUAUCUCGAUCUCUACGCUUACCUGGACUGGAUGCUGUACAACAUGAAGCAUAAUGUGGUGCGUACUGCUGAAGCGGAAGCUGCCAACGCAAGCUUAGCAGAAUGGAUCGAGUUGCAGCAGGAACCGGGCAAUGAGAAGCUGAAGCUGUUCGAUAUGGAUACCUGUGGAGAGCUUGUUAAGGAAGCUGAUCCUAGUACUAUCAUUCCCUGGAUAGGAACGCUAAAAGUGAUCGACAAUUCCACUAAUUUGCUAGCAACACCUGGCCAAUCAAUACUGAAACCCCAAGAGACGGCAAGCAUUGUAGUGUUGAUAAGUGAGCGGUACGCCUUGGCUCCGGCUCACGUGUUUAGUGAACCGACAACUUGGCGAUCAAUUAUCCUUGGUCUUACCCGGUACAAUCCACUGUUGCAAAUCGAGUGUGUGUUUCGAGCGUGUGAACCACCGUACCAGGAGGUGCAGAUAAAAAAUGUAACCAUCCAUCCCGACUUUAACACAACUUCCCAUCUAAACAAUCUCGCACUGAUCGAACUGCUCGAACCAGCAAACAUCUCGAAACCAUUCAUCCAGCCCAUAUGCUUACCGCUGACGGAGAGGUUUCGCAACAGCAGACCGUUAGAGUUGCUGCUGCCAACCUAUAUCUAUUACGGGCAGAGCAAUAAACUGUCGCCGCUGGAUCGGGUCAACUGUGAGGAACGGUUUGCACAGGAGGGCGUCCUUAUUUCGCUGACCGAUCGGGCACGAUGUGCGAUUUUGGACAAAGACUAUGGUGAAGCAGCAACGGUGAAAUCUGGCACGCCCCUGCAAACCUUGGUGCAGGUUGGAGAUCACCAGCGUUACUUUCUUGGUGGAAUUAACAGUUUUAGGGAUCUGGUUAACUACCAAAAUCCGGCCUAUCCGUAUCUGUUUGCGGACAUUAAUUCGUACCUGGAUUGGAUACUGGACAACAUGAAGCUUAAUCCUAGCGAGGCUUCACCGACCGACGAGUCAUCGCAGUUGGUUCCUGUGGUGCAUCCUGAGCCAAUACGAAACACAUCACGAAGAAGACUGUUCAAUUUCAACACCUGUGGUUUAUACACGAAAGGAACCUCUCAGAGCGCUAUCUAUGAAGUGGAACCGUGGUCAGGAUUCGUGUUUGCACUCGACCCAACGUACAAUUCUACUUCGUUCGAAAGAUGUGCUGCGGUGUUAAUUAGCGAAUGGUAUGCUGUUGGUGUAGCGAGCUGUUUAGAUCCGGGAAAGGAGUUGUUUGUACAAUUUGGCGGAUAUAUUAAAUCAACAGGAAAGGAUUGCUACGAGUACGAAGAAACGACAAUUUGCCGACCAGAAACGCAUCAAGUUCCGGUCGAGAAGGUUAUAAUUCAUCCGAAUUAUAGCAGACCGAGCUAUGCCAAUGAUAUCGCAUUGAUACAGACCAGACCGGCUGAUAUUUCGCAAAAGCACGUGAAACCAAUCUGCUUACCCAUUCUAGACGAGAUUCGCAGUUACAACGUGUCUACGCUGGCUACAGUUACUUUCGGUGAAGCUCAUGGUUCGUUCGUUUCUGCGAAGGUAGACGACAGAUACAUCAACUCGACGGAAUGUCAGAGACGGUGGGAUGGAAUGGCGCUGAAGUUUCAGAUCCAGAAUACGAAGCAAUGCAGCCUAAACAAGCGCGAAACUAGUGAAAGAUGUACGGGAGACAUAGUGGCUAGGCCAGGCUUUGCCCUUCACUCCACUCAAGAGCUGCUGGGAACACAGCGACACUUUCUGCGUGGCUUGCUUGUAGUUGAACCGAAUCUUUGCAGUGUGUACUAUCCGGCAAUCUAUACGGAUGUGGAUGUUUACAUGGACUGGAUACUGGAGAGCAUGGAUGAGACAUUAAACACCUUAACAAGAACGUACAACUUGAUGGAGAAGCUAGUGUUCAUUUAAAUACAAUU